AUGGUUCAAGACAAUGAUACACGAAUUACAGGAUUUUUUCUUCUGGGAUUAUCAAAGGACCCAGAUCUUCAUCCUGUCAUAUUUGGGCUUCUCCUCUCCAUGUACCUGACCACUGUGAUUGGAAACUUCCUCAUCAUAGUGGCCACCAUCUCAGAUUCUCACCUCCACACACCGAUGUACUAUUUCCUCUGCAACCUGUCCUUUGUAGAUAUCUGCUUCACUUCAACCACCAUUCCAAAGAUACUAGUUAAUAUAGAGACACAGAACAAAAUUAUAACAUAUGAAUGCUGCAUCACACAGAUUUAUUUUUUUAUAGUCUUUUUAGGGAUGGAGAAUUUUAUCCUGACUGUGAUGGCAUAUGAUCGGUAUGUGGCCAUCUGCCACCCUCUAAAGUACACAGUCAUCAUGAGUCCCUGGUUCUGUGGAAUGCUGCUUAUGGUAUCCUGGAUAAUGAGUAUCCUGUAUUCCUUGUUGCACAGCUUAAUGGUGUUGGGACUGUCAUUCUGUACAGACUUGGAAAUUCCCCACUUUUUCUGUGAAAUCAAUCAGGUGAUCCAUAUUGCCUGUUCUGAUAAGUUUCUUAAUGACAUGGUGAUGUAUCUUGGAGCUGGGCUGCUGGGUGGUGGAUCCCUUACUAGUAUCCUUUAUUCAUACUGUAAGAUAGUUUCCUCCAUAUGUGGAAUGUCUUCAGUUCAGGGGAAGUAUAAAGCGUUUUCUACUUGUGCAUCUCACCUCUCAGUGGUCUCCUUAUCUUACUGUACAAGCCUAGGAGUGUACCUUAGCUCUGCUCCAUUUGGAAGCUCACAUUCAAGUGCGAUGGCUUCAGUGAUGUACACUGUGGUCAUGCCCAUGCUUAACCCCUUCAUCUACAGCCUGAGGAACAAAGACAUAAAGAGGGCACUGAAUGCAUUCUUUGGGAUGACAGCUGUAAAAGGGAAAAUUGUCCUGGGGCUGAAGAAGUGUCCAUGA